ACAGUUCGACAACGAACUGGCCAUUUUGAUAGUAAUCAAUUAAAUAAGAGGAAAAUGUGUUAUGACAGUGUUAUCUAGGCGAAUGGUUACUAUCAUGUGAUUAAAGUUAACUCAGUGCGUACCUUUAGCCCUUAUCUUUCUUAAACUGUGAGGUGGUAAGACAGUGUGUUUUUCCGUUGAUGCAAUUUAUAUAUACUUUAAAUGAAUAAAAGGUCACAAUCUAGCGCGUUCAAAGAGACUUCGGAUACAACGGAAGUAGUAGCAGACGAUCCAGUGAACAAUGGCGACAUUUCUAAAGAAAUACAACGGCGAAAAGCUCCGGAUGGAGGGUGGGGCUGGUUUAUCGUUCUUGGCUGCCUUCUACUACGGACAGUUGUCGGCGGUAUUCAGAGAUCGUCUGGGUUGUUUUACGUGAAGUUCUUGGAGCGAUUCGACGGAACCGCCUCGCAAACUGCCUGGGUCUCUUCUCUUAGUAUGACUGUCCGUCUCCUCGUUGGUCCGAUCGUGAGCAUUCUGUGUAACCGGGUCUCAUGCCGGAAGUUGUGCUACCUUGGCGCCGUCCUCUACGUGCUCGGUCUGCACGUGAGCGCAUACGCCACGAGCCUACUAUUCCUGUACUUAAGCUACGGCUGCUUGGCAGGCAUAGGUAGAGCGUUUGUCCUGACGCCCGGCACGUUGCUCCUCAGUGAUUACUUCAACAAGCGUCGCAGUCUGGCGUUCGGCCUUGCGUCUGCCGGGUUCGGUAUUGGUGGGUUUGCCAUCGCGCCAACAAUCGAGGUCAUGUUCCAGCACUAUGGAUUCAGUGGGACGUAUAUUCUACUCAGCGGAAUAGCUUGCGAGCUCUUUGUCUGCAUUUCGCUAUUCCGGCCGCUGUCUGUAACGACGAAUCGCAGCAAAAAAGAGAGCUUGAAAGAAGAAGAGAAAUCUGAAGUCAGCUUACAGGAUCACGUUAUUCAGACUGAAGCAGAUGCAACUGAAGAUAUGAGAACAGAUAUUAAUGACGACAUUCAAAACACAAAUGAAAGCGAACAUAUAGUAGAGCAGGUUCCUAUGUUGACCAUCAAUGGUGUACAUACGGAAAGUUCAGUAAAAGGUGAACUUGAAGCAAAAACGCAAAAGAAUGAAACUAGUGCCAAAAAGAAAUUGAUAAAUUUCUCGGUUUUAAAGGAUGUCCGAUUUGUGACGCUAUGCAUUGCAGCGUUUGUGUUCCAUUUGCCUACUCGGGGUCUCUUUUUACCCGCUCUUGCCAAGGCCAAAGGGUUAACUGACAUCCAGACGGCCUACAUGUUGUCGAUUAUCGCGGGAUCGGACACGGUUUUUAGGGUCGUUUCUGGAUUCGUCCUUGACGUCAAAUCACUGCGCAGUCUCCGGCCGUAUAUCUACAACGCGGUCUCCUUUGUCCAGUGUAUUCCAAUGUUUCUUUUUCCGACUUUACAUACGUUUGAACAGUUUGCUGCUGUUUGUUGCUUGGAGGGAGUUAUCAUGGGACUAAAGACAGCGCAACGCCAAGUUAUUCUGGUGGACAUUCUGGGAGUGGACAAACUGCCCACUUCGUUCGCGUUCAUGCUGACCACUGAGGGACUGGCGACGCUGAUUGGACCCCCUGUUGCCGGCAAUUUAAAGGACACCUAUGGUAAAUACGACAAUCCGUUCUAUUGUUGCAGGCUAUUUAAAGGACACCUAUGGCGUAUACGACUAUUCGUUCUAUUUCGGCGGUUGCGCCAUUUUGUUUGGCGCCAUGAUACUGGCGUGUGGAAAUAUUAGGAAUUAUAUCACGAAGAGACACAAAAAGAAAAGCAACACGGCGGGUGUCGAAAACGGAGGUAGAACAUUGAAGGCUCAACCAUCACUGUAAUUUUUCUAUUGGAAUUCAUAUUCUAGUAAAAGAUAAGCAAUAUGCUGUUGGAAUUGCAAGCAAUAUUGGAAUUAAUGGAUACUGGCCAAAUAUAGCUACGAGUAAA